ACCGAAUGAUUCUAAGUCAAUUAGAAAUGAAGUUAUUUUACUGAGAAUCUGCCAAAUCCCUUUUUGUGCUUCUAUAAGAUCAACACAAUAGCAUCAGGCGUAGAAAGAAAAGAAAGAAAGAAGCGAAUAGUACGUAGGUAGGUGUGUGAAAAAAUGAUUGCAGACAGCUCAUCCUUAAACAGCCCAUCAGCGUUACCAAGUAGCUCCCAAAACAGAGGCACAGGAGUGACAAACACAACACUCUCAGCAUUUGGCAGCCUCAUAAAGCUUCUCCCUACAGGUACAGUCUUCGUGUUCCAAUUCGUGAAUCCCGUUUUGACCAACAGCGGUGAUUGCAACGCCACCAGCAAGUGGCUCUGCAGCAUUCUCCUCGUUCUCUGUGGGUUCAGCUGCGCCUUUUCUUCCUUCACCGAUAGCUACACAGGCAGUGACAACCAGAGGCACUAUGGCAUCGUAACUACCAAGGGGUUGUGGCCUUCACCAGCAUCCAACACCGUUGACUUGUCAACCUACAAACUCAAGUUUGGAGAUUUGGUGCAUGCUGUGUUAUCCUUGUCAGUGUUUGCGGUUUUAGGGCUGUUGGACACCAACACUGUGCACUGUUUCUACCCUGGUUUUGAGUCAACUCAGAAGCGUCUGCUUCAGGUGUUGCCCACAGCUAUUGGGGUAUUUGCGGGUGGGUUGUUCAUGAUUUUCCCCAAUGAUCGCCAUGGAAUUGGAUACCCUUUAACUUCUGAUUCUAACGACACCUCCCCAAAAUCCAAUGAUACCACCGCCUCACCUCCACAAAAUAUUAAUCCCAAUGACAGUACUACUGUUUAGUAUUGCUAUAGCUAGUGUUUUAUUUUUUUAGUAACUAAAUAAUGAUGUGCUGUAGCAACUUUUUGUGCCUCUGAAAUAAUAGGCGCAAGCUGCUAACUAUAUAUGUUAAUAAUGUUAUGUAUCUAGCUACCUGCAUGCAUGCAUGGUAUGAAAGUGUUGUUGAACUAGGCUUUUGGCUACUGUAUAGUGAAGAAUCGUCUUUUUUCUUUUGAGCGCCUUGAAAUAACUAGUGUUUAUUUGUUGAAAUUAACUUGGGUUGUUGUUAAUCAUUUGUAUAGCCAAUUUUCUUUUUGUAAAACUGAUGUAUUAAACUUUGAAAUAGUAUUAUCUCUGUAUCUCAUA